AUGGAAGAAGAGAGCAGACGCGAGCGAAGAUACACUAAAAAUCUUCACGAGUGCUCCUUGAUGCUUCAGGAAAUUGAUGGAGGUAGAUACACAAGGGAAGGAUUUCGCAGACUUUUCAAAACAAGGUAAGAUCUACUAUCCAAAGUGUUCAGGCUUUUUGAUCAAAACGAAACAGAGAUUCUACAGCAAGAUCGAUGGGUCGAAUGCAUCAAAAAACGUUUAACGGACGCAAGUCAAAUAGAAUUUGCAGAGCAAGUGGAAAACGUAGCUUUCUUACUUUGUGGAGAAGAACCAAUAGAUAAUGAUAAAUUUUACCAAAUAUUUCAAGAGAAAAAUAUCGUAGAUAAACUCUUCCGUGUAAUUGAUCAGAAUGCAACAGGAUCUGUGUCAACUGAACAAAUUAUGGAAUUUUUAGCCAAUCUCACUAAUUGCAGUCCGAGAGCUGGUUUCGACAAAGGAAGUUUAGAAUGGUUAGAGCAAUUAUUUCGGCAAACUGUUGGAAAUGGAAAAGAAAUCCGCCGUGAAGAUUUUAAGAAGAUAGUCAUAUCUAAAAAUCCUUUCUUCACGGAACGUGUGUUUCAAAUAUUUGACAGAGAUAAUUCUGGAUCCAUAUCCAUGCAAGAGUUUUUGGAUGCGAUGCAAAGAUUUGCUGGACAAUCUUCAGAUGAUAAAAUUAGAUUUUUAUUUAAAGUAUAUGAUUUAGAUGGUGAUGGUUUGAUCCAGCAAUGCGAACUGCAACAUGUAAUGCGUGCUUGUAUGGAAGAAAAUGGAAUGCAGUUCAGUGAAGACCAAAUUUACGAUUUGACCAUGGCAAUGUUUGAAGACGCAGAUCCACAUAAUCGUGGAGCUAUCACAUAUGAAGCUCUUAAAAAUCAAUUAGAGAAGCAUGGAGGGUUACUAGAAAACUUAUCAAUAAGCAUCGACCGAUGGCUGGUUCCUCCAAAACCAAAAGCGCCACCAGCAUCUAUGAUUGGAAAACUUUUGGCUCUGAAACCAUAUCAGCUCUCUAGACCUUAUAUAAGAAAUAACUAUGUAUUUUUAAUUUAUUUAGCGAUAUUUGUUAGUAUUAACUUUGGUCUUUUUGUAUCACGAUUGAUUCAAUAUCAAGACAGCCAUAUAUUUGUGAGGAUUGCCAGAGGAUGCGGUCAGUGUUUAAACUUCAAUUGUAUGAUGAUUUUAGUACUUAUGCUCCGGCAAAGUAUAACAUUUCUUCGAACAAGAGGAUUUGGAACAUUUUUACCAUUGGAUCAACAUAUCUAUUUGCAUAAAAUGACUGGAAUGGUUGUGGCGUUUUUUAGUAUAAUUCACACACUUGCUCAUCUUCUAAACUUUAGUAUGAUGGUGAUGGAUGAUCCAAUUCUAAAUAAAGGCAACUUUACGUUGACUGAUUGGUUGCUCACUGCCAAACCAGGCCAUUUUGGUUUGGUGCAUGGAUGUGCAAACCCAACAGGAAUUGCACUCAUUCUUAUCCUGAUCAUAAUGACACUUUGCUCACAAGCGUUUGUAAGACGUGGUGGAUGCUUUGAGAUAUUUUAUUGGACACACUUACUGUAUAUACCAUUUUGGCUGCUUCUAAUCUUUCACGGACCAAACUUUUGGAAGUGGUACAUUAUACCAGGUUUAAUAUUUAUCAUCGAGAGGAUCAUAAGAUUUUCCUGGAUGCGUGCAGAACGUGGAAAAACAUACAUCAGCUCUGGUUUAUUGCUUCCUUCGCAUGUAACGCAUUUGGUCAUCAAACGUCCUCAUCAUUUUGAUUUUCAUCCUGGUGACUACGUGUUUGCCAAUGUUCCUGCUAUCGCCAAAUAUGAAUGGCAUCCUUUCACCAUAAGCAGCGCUCCCGAACAAGAAGAUUACAUCUGGUUACACGUCCGAGGAGUAGGGCAGUGGACAAACAGGCUGUAUAAUUAUUUUGAAAUCGAACAAGAACGUUUGCAGAAUGGAGAAGUUCCAGCUGUAGUUGGUGGCUUUUCGGGAACGGAUUCUCCAAAUAACGAUGUAUUUUCUUUACAAAUAUCCGAGAAAAACAAAAACGUUGCAAAUAAUACCCAGGACAACAGAAAUCCAAUCAAAAAACUCACAGCUUCCAUCCAUCAUAGUUUGACGAGCACAAGUCCAAUUAAAAAUAAUGGAGUCUUAAACAAUUCUUCGGGAUAUAUCAAUGAAUCUUUUGUCAUGAACGAGCAAGGAAAGAUGGCAUCGCUAUCUGAUUGCGAUUUGAACUCAAAAAUGCCUUCAGGAAGCAAAGAUGAGCCAGUAGCGCCAUUAAGAAAAAUGACUCCCGAAAGAAAGUUGCAAAUGAUGUUGUUCAACCACAAGGCGCCUUUGGAGAAAUCAUUAUCCAUGCCUGAUAUUCAAAUAAAAGCCAAAAAUAGGGAACGAUUUCGUGUGUUACGCGAGUACAUGCGAUCAGAAUCUGAGCGCAGUUUCGAUGAAGUUCAAAUUCGACGAGCUCGUCUGCAGUCGCUAGGACUUGCCUAUCUAAGUCCACAAAACAAAUCCUUGGCCCAGAGUUUCCGAUACAUGAGACACAAACCUACAAUUAUUGCCUUCAAGACACCUAGUCUUGAAAACUGCGAGCAGAGAGACUCGGCUUCUUCCAUCGGAUCCAUGAUGGUGUCUGUCCGCAUUGACCGUGCAGGAGAAGAUAGCAAUUCCGUCGUGGCGAUUGGAGACCAACAAAAACCAACAGAUAUCAAUUCUCCUUGUAGAUCGCCAAGACCUGUUAAUUAUCCAGUUGGAAAACCAUUGGAGAUUUACCUGGAUGGGCCUUAUGGCGCACCAUCCAGUCACAUCUUUCGGGCGCAGCAUGCAGUUCUGAUAGCAACUGGUAUCGGUGUGACACCAUUUGCCUCCAUCCUGCAGUCCAUCAUGCAUCGUUAUUGGAAGGCUCGCCAUUCUUGUCCAAAAUGCAAAUUUUCUUGGGCCAGUGAGAUCCCGCCAACAGUCAUGAAUUUGAGAAAGGUUGACUUUUUCUGGAUAAAUCGAGACCAGCGUUCUUUCGAAUGGUUCGUAAAUUUAUUAUCACAACUUGAAAUCGAGCAAGCUGAAUUAGGUGGAGCUAUGGAACGUUUCCUUGAAAUGCACAUGUACAUCACCAGUGCUUUACAGAAAACUGAUAUGAAAGCAGUUGGUUUACAGCUAGCUCUUGAUUUACUUCAUGAAAAGGAAAAGCGCGACUUGAUCACUGGUCUUAAAACAAGAACAAUUGCAGGAAGACCAAAUUGGGACAAAGUAUUCAAACAAUUACAAGACCAGAAAAAAGGAAAAAUCACCAUGUUCUACUGCGGUCCUCCUCAAUUAGCAAAAACUCUACGAGUCAAAUGUGACCAAUAUGGCUUCAAUUUCCGCAAAGAAAUAUUUUAAAAAAUCAUAAAUAUUUUUAUUUGUUUAUAUUAAUUUAUGGCGAUCGCUUAUUGAAAUAUUGUAUAUUGUAUUUAUACUAAA